CCUUCCACAGGAAGAAUUGCUGUUUUGGGUGAUUUUCGUUUAAAGUAAAGGUGGUUUCAGUUCGAGCUCAUUUUUCUCUCUCUCCAUUUCCUCUGUUUUGCGUUGAAGUUGUUGGUGUGGUUUUAUUUGCUUUCUCUUUUUGGAAAAAUAUAGAGAAACUAUGAGAAAUUGUGAGCUUUGUAAAGGAUUGGCUAGGAUGUACUGUGAAUCGGACAACGCGAGUUUGUGUUGGGAUUGUGAUGCGAAGGUUCACUCGGCUAACUUUCUGGCGGCGAGGCAUUCUAGGUCUUUACUAUGUCAGGUCUGUCAAUCACCGACAGCUUGGUCGGCCGCCGGUGCGAAGCUUGGGAAGACGAUUUCAGUAUGUGACAGGUGUGUGGAUGGGUAUUACCAUAGGGAUGAAGUGGAGGAGAGUAGAAGCGUGAAUGAUGAAGGAAGUGGCACAGAGGAUGAGGAAACUGAUUAUGAAGAGGAUGAAGAUGAAGACGAAAUUGAUUCUGAGGAUAUCCAGGUUGUUCCGUGGUCAACUACGACGCCUCCACCGCCGGCUAGUUCAUCCAGCAGCGAAGAUUCAUCAAACGUCCGUCGAAAUGUUUCUUCGAAGCGAAUGCGUGAAGUUGAUACGGAUCUUCAUUCAGAUGACGACAGAGGAAGUUCGUCAUGUCAUCGGAAAGUCCAUAUAUCGCCGGCGAUGGAUGCUGGCGGCGGAGAUGAGGCAGCAGCUGAUGUUGACCGAUACUCAACGAGAAUGAGAACGCCGGCUAAGAUCCAGAGAACGGAUCGUCUCACGGAUCCUGGAUGCACGACGGUAAUAGAGUUUAUCAGGAGAAAUAAUCGACAGAGGAUGAGCUCCGGUGCGGCAAUCGCCGAGCUCACUCAAUGAUGACUCAAGGACUGUAGAUCUGGAAAGCUGAGAGUCAUCGUAGCCGUCAGAUUGACCAUUCGUUUCAAUUACAUUACGUGGAUUCUACUUUUUUACUUACCCUAUACCCCCCCCCCUCCAAAUCUUGUAGUCGGUUGAUAGUUUAGGAUAAGAGUUGUUAAUUUAUUUUGGUAUACUAAUCUUCUUAGGGAUAUGACCAUUUUCUAUUUUAUUUUACUCUAUAUGAUGUAGUAUGUCUAGGAUUAAGAUGAGGAAUGCCUUAAAAACACAUUUGUAACAUAUGCAUUUCUUUCUUUUGGUUUUUUCUCUUUCCCUUGA